AUGGGGGCCGACCAGCCAGGGCCCCCACAGCCCUCGGGCUUCCUGGAGAGGGGCUGCUCCAUCCCCAGCACCCACGGCCUGGACAUCACUGCCCCCCGCCGCUGCCAGUUCUGGGCAUAUGGAGCCACAGGCAGCGGGCAGAUCCAGCUGUGGCAGUUCCUGCUGGAGCUGCUGUCGGACCGUGCCAACCUGCACUGCAUCGCCUGGGAAGGCGCCAAUGGGGAGUUCAAGCUGGUGGACCCGGACGAGGUGGCGCGGCGCUGGGGCGAGCGCAAGUCCAAGCCCAACAUGAACUACGACAAGCUGAGCCGGGCGCUGCGCUACUACUACGACAAGAACAUCAUGACCAAGGUGCAUGGCAAGCGCUACGCCUACAAGUUCGACUUCCAGGGCCUGGCCCAGGUCUGCCAGCCGCCCGCCCCCGACCACACGCUCUACAAGCUGCAGGGCAACCUGGCACCCCUGCCCUUUCCAGGCAUCUCCAAGCUCAACCUCAUGGCAUCUGGCGUGGCCGGGCCUGGCUUCUCCUACUGGCCCAGCUCGGCCCCCGCGCUCUACCCCGGGCCCGGCCUUGCCCCCUUCGGCUCCGUGGCGCCUUCCCAUCUCAACAACGUCAACAACCACUACCCCUAG